CGCAUCGAUURAUCUUGUGAUCUUCUCUUUUYUUCUCUAAAUCAGUUGCUCGAACAACAGGUUCCACCCAACCCGAGCAUGGCGGAGGCUCGGAAGGAGGCAGAGAUGGUGAUGUUUGGUGCGAUUGAUGAGCUAUUGGCCAAAACAGGGGUGAAGGCUAAGGAUAUUGGGAUACUGAUAGUCAGUUGUAUCUUGUUUUGCCCAACACCUUCACUUAGUUCCAUGGUGUUGAACCAUUACAAGCUCAGAAGGAAUAUUUUGAGCUAUAAUCGUUAAGGUCAAACCUUGCUUUCUUUCAAUAUGGACGWUUUCGACCGAUUUCAGACUUCAAAUUCGAAUUCGUGCUCCAAGACGACCGAUUUCAGACUUCAACUUCAUGGCUCCAAGACGACUGAUUUCAGACUUCAAAUUUGCUUCAAAUCCGUGGCUCCCAAGAUGACUGUCAAUAUAACCAGGGUUUUGGAGUAUUGAUUUUCAACAACGAUUUUCCUGAGGUAUUGAUUUACAUUUCACGGCUCCCUAGCGAUUUCUCAAAAAGGAAGGGAUGGUUAAUACUAAAAAACAAACAGAAAAGAACCCACAAUUAGAAUGUGUUUCAAGGCUGGGGCUACAUCUACAUCAUAUUACAAAGAUAAUGUGUUCAUAGCGUUAUUAUGGAAGUAAAUACGUGGUCCAUAACAAAUUAAUAGAUUUUACACCUAGGGUAUAUACAAGGCAGCAUCUGAACAGGACCAUCCCAUCCUAAGAUCCAUUAUGAACUGGUCUGAUUCCAUGGAAGCAACUGUUAAAAAGAAAUGAGCCAUCUAGAGCAACACCAUAACUCAGAACCAAUAUGCCACAUAAAAAACCAGCUACGCGGACUAGACAAGGAGAACACUUGUUGAAGGACCAGAUCAAAUCAGUUCAAAAACAGGAGGAGAAGCCAAAGGCGAAACCAGAGACAGUGGACAAGGUGUGUAGCAUUGUUAGGAAGCAGCUGGCACUACCAGAAGACUCUGCUGUAACCGGAGAGUCCAAGUUUUCUUCACGUGGAGCUGAUUCUCUUGAUACAAUAAAUUUUGAUGUCGACUUGUCUUCGAAGAUUGUGGUUGAUGUGAUUGACUUCCAAAAUGGGUUGAUCUUUCAAAAAUCACCGAGCAAAGYUGCAGGAGCAUUUUUUAAAAUGCCAUGGCCAAGAGGACRUGGAAAGAGYCAAAGGAAUGAAGCCAACUGA